CAAAGUCGAACCCGUCGUUGACGAGAAAGCCCGGCCCAAGCGGUACCAAUGAAAAACGCAGUGACGGAUUAAUCCUUGCAACCAAACGGCUUUCCUCUCUCGGCCAAUCGCGAGCUGGAGCAGUGGGUGGAGCAACCAGCAGAGAUUGUAGAACAGACGGUGGCUGCGACGAAUUGACGGGGCGGAGUUGCAGAUCGGAGAGAGGGAAAGGAGAUCGAAAGAGAGGCGGCGAAAAUGGGCGGGGGAAUGGAGGCAAACAAGAACAAGUUCAUCGAAGACUGGGGCGCCGCCCGCGAGAACCUGGAGCACAACUUCCGAUGGACUCGCCGCAACUUUGCCCUCAUCGGCUUGUUCGGCAUCGCCCUCCCCAUCCUUGUUUACAAGGGGACCGUCAAGGAAUUCCAUAUGCAAGAUGAAGAUGCCGGCAGGCCGUACAGGAAGUUUCUUUGAGUUCAUCUAAAGAUCGUGAAACAAAAUAAUUGCAGAACGUAUGGAUUAUGGAUUUAGUCUCUUGUCUAUUUCCAUUUCGACAAGCUUCUGACUCUUUCGCCUGCAAUGGUGACUCUGUAUGUUCUCUUCAUCUAUGUCUUGGUGGUGGUUUUUACUAUGUUUUGUAAUCCUUGAACACUUUUUUCUUCACCAGUGAUAAUCUUGCAUUUUUGUUCAGAGUUGUGAUACCUUACCUUACUCACCGGUUGUACUGGUCUAAACGAUUUAUUGGUGACCAAGCCGGUGUGCUUUUAUCACCACUUUUUUAAGGAGCAAAUAAAGAAUGUUGGAGGGUCCUGGUGGGUGCACCAUUUCAAGUAAGCUAACCCUAACGAUGAUAGGAAACAUGAGAUGAGUUACAAAUAUCCACGCAGACAUGGAUAAGAAUGAGAGUUGAGACUUGAAAGCAUUAAAAAAGGA